AUGUUAUUUACUUUGAAGAACAUUCAAUAAUUUUAGAGUGUCUUUACAUUCUAAUAGUAUCUAUUAUUCAUCGGAGCAGAGUUUGAUUAAAAUACCAUAUUUUAUUAAACAACAUUAAUAUGUUCAGAUAAUAUUCCAUUAAAAAAAUUCCCAAUAAUAAAACCUUCUAAUUUUUUAUACUAAGUAUAUUUAAUAUGAAUUUUAGAAACUCUUUGAAGAAAAAAAAAAGGAUGAGAAUAAAUGUAUACAAUAUUCUAACAACGAAAACAAUUUUUAAAAUAAAAAAUGUUUUUUAGUUAGUCAAAAGUUAAUACUUUCUGAUGAAAUGGAAACUUUUUAUAAAAUAGUGGGGGAACAAAAUAUUGACUUCAUAUUAUAAAAUUUUAAAGUAAUUAAUCCAUUUCAUUAGAUAUUAAUCAAAGAGGACAUCAAUAAAGAGACUUAUAUUCAAAUAUGGGGAGACCCGAUUAUGAAAAAUACUAUAAAAUAAAAAGCAAACAAUCAAGAAAAAAUUUGCAGGUAAUAAAUACUCUAUUGCAAUCAUAUGUCCAGACAAGUAGGCUUCUUUAAAAAAAGUAUGCCAUCUACUAUUAUUUUAGAUUUCAUAAGUCAGGCCAAAAAAGAGAUUAUCAUGAGGAACUUUAUCCCAAAAGAAUAAAUAUCAUCUGAAAUGAUAUCUAUGAAAGCAACAUCGAACAUUUUUGAUUAAUGUUUUUUUGAGGGAAAAUUUAAAGAACAAGAAAAAUAGUAAUUGAGAAUUUUAACCUAAAAAUUGAUCACCAACAUGUAAAAAUUCAAUUUUCCCUAAGCUUUCAAGAUAUUUGUUCCUCUACCUACUAAUUAUUAAAAUUUAAAAAAAGAAGUCUCUCAAUCAAUUAAAUAAAACCUCUAUUAUAUCCCUAAUCUAUACGACGAAAUUUAUAAGAACUUUUUAAGUUAUGAUUAAGUAAUUUCAAUAUUGAGAAACUUCCUUCGUACCAUCAUACCUAUUGACUUUUUGGGAUAAUCAAACUUAUACACUUUCCUUAAUGAUUUAUCACAAUUUAUUACAUUCCUCAGAUUUGAAGAUUAAAAUUAUUCAGAUUAUAUUAAUCGACUUAAUGUCUUCUAAAUUCCAUGGAUGAAUAGUUAUUUCUCAAAAAAGAAAUAAAAAAUUUUAAUUUCCACCAAAAGAUAAUAACUACUGCCCAUCUUUAGGUUUUUAUUCUAACUAAUUAUCAUACCUUUUCUUAGACAUAACUUUUAUAUCACUGAAAGAAUGAAAGAUGAUUGGAAAUUAUUUUAUUACAGAAAAGAAAUAUGGACUUUGGUACUUAAAUUAUCAUUAUAUCAACUAUCAUCCAAUAAUUUGAAAUAGAUAUCUCCAGAGAAAAUUACAACACAAUAUAUCGGUAAACUCAGAAUAGUACCUAAACCAGGUACUUUUAGACCAAUAGUUACUUACAAUAGGAAAUCAAGAAGUAUAAUUUUAUUUCAAAAUAGUUUCUAAAUUAUCACUUAACAAAAAAUUAUUAGAUAUUAAGUAUGUCCUUAGAAAUUUAAGAAGCCAAUAACUAGGCUUCUCAGUAUUUGGAAAUCCUUAAAUAUUCAACAGAUUGGAGGAAUUCAAAAAACUAUGGAUCAAGUAUUAAUAUCCAUAAACUUAUUUUAUGUCCAUGGAUAUUCAUAAAUGCUAUGAUUCUAUCCAACUUGAAUUUUUACUUAAAUUUAUUGAAGAAAGUAACUUAAUUUAAAGUACCUACAUCAUUAAUAAAUAUUAUCUCAUUAUUAGAAAUAAUAGGUAAAGCAAAGGAUCAAAAUAAAUGAGAGACCUAUUUAAUAUUUUUGAUAGAACUUGCGCAAUUCCUAUCAACAAUCCUUAAUGUAUUCAAAAGGGAUACAUCGAAUAUAUUUAAUAGAAUAAAUUAGCCAUAAUCGCAAAUUUAGGAAUAUAAACAACUGUCACUUUUAGUGAAUUCUUACUUAGCAUUAAAGAAUUAUGUUAGAAUAACAUUGUUCAAUUUGAAGAUAGAUAUUUUAUUUAGACUCUAGGAAUUCCUUAAGGAUUAAAUAUAUCUGGAAUUUUAUGUUCUUUUUACAUAGCCAAUAUAGAAAAAAACUUGACUAGGAAGCUAAUAGGAGACACUUUGAUUAUGAGAUUGACUGAUGAUUAUUGUUGUUUAACAUUUGAUAAGCAAAAUUUAGUAAAUUUGAUUUUUAAUUAGAUUACUAUUAAAAAUAAUUUUAAAGAAGUUGAAAAGUAAUAUAGCAUCCAUCUAAAUGACGAUAAAACACAGCAUAAUAUAGAUCAAAAGAUAGUCAGUUUUAAAUGGAUUGGCAAAAUAAUUAAUUUGGAUAAAUUGACCAUAAAACCUGCAUUUGCUUAGGAAAAGGACAGUAGUAAGGAAUAAAUCUAUUUUUAGAAUUUUCAAAUUAAAUCAAUGUUAAUCUACCAUCAAGAAUUAAUUCUUAUUUUUUUAAGGCCAAGUUGAAAUCCCUAAUGCUUAAUUAAUUUAAAUUUUUUUUUAAUCCAAAAAUAAAUGACCCACCAACUUUGAUUAAAAUAGCCAAGACAUUUAUACACGCCGGACUUAUUAAGUUAAUUAAUUUUAUGGAGAAAGCCAAAUUAUUCAAGGUAUCAAAGUAAAAGACUAACAAAAUUGAUUUUUUAAGUAAAAUCAUAUUUUAAUAUAGAAAUAAUCAAAUAAGUGCAAACAGAAAUCGCAAAUUAUUGUUUUCAAUAAGCAUAGGAGAGAGGAUCAGAAUUAGAUCAGAAUUACAUUUUGAGAAUAAUUAAGAAGUAAUUACAAAAAACAAUAAAAAAUCACAAAAAAUUGAAAACCAUUAUUAAUUAUAAAAAUUUAUGA